AUGCAAAGGUUUGUCAGCAGGCUUGUGUCUGCACCACGAAUACCCAACAAAUUUCUAGAUUGUUUCCCCAGGAAACGUACCGUUAAUAAGAUAUUAUUUCAGUUAGAUACGAGGCUCACAUACAAUGAAAUGUACCCUAUAUUUGUACAAGUAUCACAAUUAACCGAUAAAGAUAGUAUUUCAUGGAAGAAGAAGUAUCCAUACUUAAGGAGUUCAGAUAUCAUGCAGAUGCGAAAUGUCUUAGUUACUCUAAGGAUGCAAAAUAAGUUUGUACAUAAAGAUGUAUUGGCUAUGGAGAAUAAACUAUUAAACGUUGCUGCUGAACUAGGUAACAACGACGCUAUAUCAAUAUUGAGCUUCAAUGUGGUACAAGCACAAGAAAAUGACACCACCAAAGACAAUGAUCAGAAUGACGUUGAGACCGCCAAUAGAUUCAUAAAGGAGUUAUAUGCACGCAAUCACCAUUUAACAAUCAAAUUAAUAGGAGAUACGUUUCUUAAAAAUAAGGCUUAUAAAAAAGCUGAAAAAUACUACAAAGAAUUUUUGAAAUUGGAAAAUAACACCAAACUAGCUGGCGAAGUUUAUGGGAAUCUUGGAGAAAUUCAAAUAAAACAGGUGAACGGUUUUUUGAAGGCUGAAAAAUCAUGGCUGAAAUGUAUAGAACUGUUAGAACUUGAAAGAAGUUCACGUUGGUACUUCCUUCUGGCAAAGCUAUACCUAAGUUCAGAGCCGUUAAGGGCUAAACCACUGUUGGAAAGUUGUGCCUCAAUUGGAUUUAAAGAAUGUUUUAAAACAUUAGGGUUUCUUGAGCUAAACUAUUUUCAGAACUACGAAAGAGCAAAAGAAUGGUUCAAACUAGGCAUGGAAAUAACGGAUUUGGAAUGCUUCCUUGGAUUUUUCGAUUGUUCUUUGAAACUUAAAGAUAUUGGGAGUGCUAAAAACUGUCUGAAAAGUCUAAAAACUUUUGAGAAUGAUGAUAACAAGAAAGUAAUAAUCGACGCUUUCUURGAAAGUAGAAAAGAUUCUAUGGAACUACUCCAGAGAAAAUGA